CGACUCGGUCUCAGCUCCUCAAAAGACGCCUUGAGAUUUCAGAGAGAACACACGUCAUCAUCCAGGUAACCAUGGGUUACAAGCUAGCGAUGUUCCUGGGUCUGUCCACCCUCCUGAUGGUGCUAAUGGUGGACCCGGCAGAGUCAAUCAGACAGAAGAGGAUGGUGUCCCCCCAAGAGGCACGCACUCUUCUGGAACUGCUGGGGGUCCUGGUGGACGAUUCUUCCCCGCAGGAGGACGCCAUGGUCAGGAGGGGCGACGAGGAGGACGAGCAUUAUGAGGGGGAUGGCCACGACCACGACAACGACCUUGAGCUUCAGCGUCGCUUUUGGAAUCCUUGGUCUUUCUCCAAACCUGGCUCAAGCAAGCCUGAGUCAAGACCUCAGAUACCUCCUUGGUUCUGGCCUGUCUUGUGGUCGGGCUUUGCAGGUCGCCCUACGCCUGAGCCUGCAUCUGGAGCAGAGCCUGACUCUGAUCCCGAGGUUGUUCCUCCUUCUGAUGCCGAGGUUAACCCUCCUUCUGAUGCCGAGGGUAAUCCUCCUUCUAUUCCCGAGAUUGUCUUUCCUACUAUUCCCGAGAUUGUCAUUCCUGAUAUUCCCGAGGUUGUCUUUCCUACUAUUCCACAGGUUGUCAUUCCUGAUAUUCCCGAGGUUGUCCCUCCUUCUGAUGCCGAGGUUGUCCCUCCUUCUGAUGCCGAGGUUGUCCCUCCUUCUGAUCCCGAGGUUGUCCCUCCUUCUGAUCCCGAGGUUGUUCCUCCUUCUGAUCCAGACGCUGUCCCUCCUUCUGAUCCCGAGGGUAAUCCCCCUUCUAUUCCCGAGGUUGUCUUUCCUACUAUUCCCGAGGUUGUCAUUCCUGAUAUUCCCGAGGUUGUCUUUCCUACUAUUCCCGAGAUUGUCCCUCCUUCUGAUCCCGAGGUUGUCCCUCCUUCUGAUCCCGAGGGUAAUCCUUCUAUUUCCGAGGUUGUAUUUCCUACUAUUCCCCAGGUUGUCAUUCCCGAGAUUGUCCCUCCUUCUGAUGCCGAGGUUGUCCCUCCUUCUGAUGCCGAGGUUGUCCCUCCUUCUGAUCCAGACGCUGUGCCUCCUUCUGAUGCCGAGGUUGUCCCUCCUUCUGAUCCCGAGGUUGUCCCUCCUUCUGAUCCAGACGCUGUGCCUCCUUCUGAUGCCGAGGUUGUCCCUCCUUCUGAUCCCGAGGUUGUCCCUCCUUCUGAUCCAGACGCUGUGCCUCCUUCUGAUGCCGAGGUUGUCCCUCCUUCUGAUGCCGAGGUUGUCCCUCCUUCUGAUCCCGAGGUUGUCCCUCCUUCUGAUCCCGAGGUUGUCCCUCCUUCUGAUCCAGACGCUGUGCCUCCUUCUGAUGCCGAGGUUGUCCCUCCUGAUGCCGAGGUUGUCCCGACUUCUGAUGCCGAGGAUGUCCCUCCUUCUGAUCCCGAGGAUGUCCCUCCUUCUGAUCCCGAGGAUGAUCCUCCUUCUAUUCCCGAGGUUGUCUUUCCUACUAUUCCCGAGGUCGUCAUUCCUGAUAUUCCCGAGGUUGUCUUUCCUACUAUUCCCGAGGUUGUCCCUCCUUCUGACUCCGAGUCUGUCCCCGAGUCUGACCCCGAGUCUGGUGUUACAUCUGCCCCAGAACCUGCUGACCCCGAGUCUGACCCCGAGUCUGACCUCGAGUCUGACCCCGAGUCUGGUACUACAUCUGCCCCAGAGCCUGACCUCGAGUCUGACCCAGAGUCUGACCCCGAGUCUGGUGUUACAUCUGCCCCAGAACCUGACGCCGAGUCUGACCCCGAGUCUGACCCUGAGUCUGACCUCGAGUCUGUCCUCGAGACUGUCCUCGAGUCUGACCCCGAGUCUGACCCCGAGUCUGGUGUUACAUCUGCCCCAGAACCUGACGCCGAGUCUGACCCCGAGUCUGACCCCGAGUCUGACCUCGAGUCUGACCCCGAGUCUGGUACUACAUCUGCCCCAGAGCCUGACCUCGAGUCUGACCCCGAGUCUGACCCCGAGGCUGGUGUGACAUCUGACCCAGAGUCUGACCCCGAGUCUGACACUACGAAUGCACCUGAGCUUGAUCGGAGGGUGCUGAAUGACGUAGGCAGCCUUCUGGAGUUGCUGCGCAGGAUGAAGUCUCAGGGGAAGUGGAAAUGAGACGUCUAAUUCAGGAGCCCGGAAUGGUGAUGUCAUCCCGCCGCGUGCCGACCACCGUCCGGAACAUGCAGACGUGACUACAGAUCAGCUGUAAAGCUUUUAGCUGCUUUAGCUUCAAUAUAUAAUUAAUCAUUACAAGACUCAAUAGAAUAAGUUAGAGCUCAACAUUUAAAUUUUUGUGUUAAAAAACUUCAAAAUGGAUUGGUAUACAACACAGAUAAGCUUUCAUGCUAAUUUAGAUUUUAGUUUUUGGUAUAGACGCGAACUGACGCAUUCUUUUUAGUUAGGGCAUAGUGAUAUGAUUACUAAGUAUAUCGAUGACAUCA